AUGUUUCAUUGGAGCGUACCACUACUCCUAAGCACUUUGUUCUUGGUGCUGAGAGCCUCAACUCUCGGUGCCUCAGCAGGAAGUGGAUCAAAUAUCAAGUACACUGCAAGCCUCGGAGAAAGUGUCGAGUGCCUCAGCGAGGUCAACGCUGCACGUGAGGCAGCUGGGCUCCCCAACUUCACAGCGGCAUCAGAUAACAAUAAAUUAAACGACCCCACAGGAAUAAGUCUAGAUGAAACCAACGAGUGGACAAAAGUUUGCACACAUUUGAUUCCGACGGAAGCACCGGAAGCAAUGGCGGCGCCCAGCGCACUGAAACCUUUUGAAGACGGAACGUAUGCCUUCAAGUCUCUAACUGCUGCGCAGCCUAACUGCAAGGAAACAGUUGAUUACUGGAAGGCAGCCUACAAAAACUUCACUGGCCUUCCGCCAUCAAAGACUGACGGCGAAACACUGUACAACAAUCAAGAUAACGUUUCUUUUGUAGCCCUCUACAACCCUUCAUCCAAUGCCACUGCAGACUGCCGAGUCGUCACUUGCACUCAAACGACUACCUCCACUACAGGUGGCACAGAAGGUGGAAUGCUCUCAACUUAUGCGGAUGACGGAACUACAAAAAACGGUUACGCGUUGAUUUGCAAAACGAUGCCUGCUGUUUUUGGGAGUAGCGGCUCUGCUUUAUUCACGCAGGAGCAGUGGGACAGGAUCAUAUCUUCCCUCACAGGCUCCGCAUCAACAGCAGUUCCAAGUUUUGUUGCUCUUGCCAUUGUGACAUUCGGCAUCGCGACUUUAUUAUGA